AAAAUAAAAUCCAAACCUAGAAUGCAGCUUAUAGGGGGGAGGGGGUCUAACUAUUGAUAGUCGGAGACCUUUCAGAGGAAAGUCUCAUUAUGGGAGAAGUCUCGCUAUAUAACACCGUAUCUGUCUGGCGGCGUUGUUGUAACGUUUUCCUAGUCAUUUAAUGAAGUAGUACAUCGAAUGCACGAUGAAUGAUAAGGGAGGUGACUCCGUGUAGAACACUUACGGGUCAGUUUGUGGAACGAAUAGUGGUGUAAGCUGAGCUGUGUAAACAAAGGAUACGUGUGAUAGCGGGAAUGAUUUCCAGAUAGGCUAAACCAUGUUAUCCUUAUCCCGACGGAGGUUUCAGAAGAUAGACAUUCAAACUGUAGGAAGAAGCUACUCUGAAAUCAAAAUCAUGUCGGAAAAAGCUCUUGGAAGAGGAUCGCAGUGCCCCCCAUUAGCACCAGGCACCCUUCGUUUGUACAGUAUGAGAUUUUGUCCUUACGCCCAGCGUACACGACUCGCCCUCUUACAUAAAAAUAUAACAUUCGAGACUGUAAACAUCAAUCUGAAACAAAAGCCAGACUGGUUUUUUGCGAUGAAUCCAGUCGGCCUCGUUCCUGUUUUGGAAUUUGACGACAAAGUAGUGUAUGAGUCGAAUGUCUGUAACGAGUUCCUAGAUAACGUAUACCCUACACCUAAACUCAUCCCGGCGGAUUUCUAUGAGGCAAGCAGGGAUAAGAUUUUGUGGGAAACGUUCGGAAAGAUUACGGAGUUAUUCUACGAGAUACCGAAGUCAGUGGCGGAUGGAACGUUGGAUGAAAGUAUACGCCGUUAUAAAAGACGAGUAGGUCGUUAUGAAGACGAGCUUGCAAAGAGAGGAAAAUACUUUGGAGGAGCUUCACCUUGCAUGGUAGAUUUGAUGGUCUGGCCAUGGUUUGAGAGAAUUCCAGUGUUAACCGUAGUAGCUCCUGAAGCCAAAUUGGAUCCGAAGGAAUUUCCGCAUUUGAGCUCCUGGAUGAAAGUAAUGAUGGAACUCCCGGCGGUGAAAGAGACAUACGAAGAGCCAGCGGCUCACAUACAUUUCUUUUCUUCGUUAAGAGCGGGAAAACCUGACUAUGAUUAUGGAUUAAACUGAUCGAGAAUAGCCUGCCAUUUUAUAUGAUGAAUUGACAUGCACAGCAUAGUUGAUAUUUUUAUAAAUAAUUUUGUAUCUGAUUAAAAUUGGUUGGUUGGUUA